AUGGCAGAUCAGAUCGAGGCAAUCCCCGGAACGGUCCACUUGGUCGACGCCCAGGGAAGCAUGGACUCGCAGCACGCCAAAGGAGCAGAACACGACAUUGUUCUCGUGCCAGCUCCUUCGGCUCAUCCAGAUGAUCCGCUAAACUGGUCGCCGAGGAGGAAAUAUCUCUCUGCCUUUUGCAUGGCAGCAUAUGUGCUUGUCAUUGGCAUCUGCUCCUCUGCGCUGUAUUCGACUCUAGGACCGCUGUCGGAGUCUACUGGUCUGAGCUACAAUGACUUGAACUCUGGAACGGGAUAUAUGUUUCUCUUCUUCGGCUGGGGCUGUAUCAUCUGGCAAGCCAUCGCCAUCCAGUACGGGAAGCGGCCUGUGUAUCUGUUGACGACAUUGGGUACUCUAGGGGUUAUGGUCUGGCAGCCUCACGUGCGAUCAAACGGAGAAUGGAUCGCGACCAAGAUUCUGCAGGGAAUUUUUGGAGCGCCUAUUGAGUCGUUGGCGGAGAUUACUGUUUCAGACGUCUUCUUUACCCACGAACGCGGCAAGUUUAUCGCUCUCUAUGCUCUCGCACUCGGCUACAGCAACGGCAUCGCUCCACUUAUCAUGGGCUUUAUCAACGAUGGCCAGGGCUAUCAAUGGGUAUUUUACUGGUGCGCUAUCUUCUGCGCCGUCCUGCUCCUCAUCAUCUUCUUCUUCAUGGAAGAGACCAAGUUCGAUCGAGCGAAAUACAUGGCAACCAACCACAUCGAAGGACAGACAGUUUCUAGUACCAAUCAGACAUCUGCCGACCCUGACACCAAAGACGAUCUCGAUACAAAACACGACGUUGAGCAAGACCAAGUCGCUACUACAACUCUCACCAAUAUCAGCGCACGCAACGAGACCUUCGAUCUUGACAAUACCGAGUUUAGCAAGAAAUCCCGUAUCUCCCGUCUCAAACCAAUCGAGCGCAAGAACAUGACGGGCGAGAACAGGCUCAUAAGGCUUAUUAGCCGACCGAUUCUCCUCCUUGCGUUUCCAAUCAUCUCAUAUGCUGGUUUCAUCUACGGUUGCAACAUCGUCUGGCUUUCAGUUCUGAAUGCAACCGAGUCUAUGGUUCUGUCGAACAAACCUUACAACAUGCCUACUUCGACAGUUGGGCUGACAUUCAUCGCUCCUCUCAUUGGAACAACCCUCGCGUAA